CUUCCUCUGCCCACAUGCUCAUCGGUCCACACCUUUCACUCAAAGUUGAGUUUUCAAGUCGGCACGUGCCCAGCAGUACUCAGCACUUGACUGAGCGAAUUGUCUCUGUUCAUUCACUUGUGGCCUUUAGCUGCGUUUUGCACAGCUGCGCCAACAAUGGCUGAGAAGCCAGCCACAGUAAACGCGGAGCUCGUGAAGGAGAUGGACGCUGCGCCGAAGAAGUACCCAUACUCGCUUGACUCAGAGGGCAAGGCAAAUUAUUGCCCUGUAUGGCGCUUCACGCAGCCCCACAUGAUGGCCUUCCACCUGUCCUGGAUUUGCUUCUUCAUGUCCUUCGUCGCUACAUUCGCGCCCGCCUCCCUCGCGCCCAUCAUCCGUGAUGACCUGUUCCUCACCAAGUCACAGCUGGGCAACGCCGGUGUCGCCGCCGUGUGCGGUGCCAUCGCGGCGCGUAUCUUCAUGGGCAUCGUGGUUGACAGCAUCGGUCCCCGCUACGGCGCUGCCGCCACCAUGCUCAUGACCGCACCCGCCGUCUUCUGCAUGGCCCUGGUCACCGACUUCUCCACCUUCGCCUGCGUGCGCUUCUUCAUCGGUCUCUCGCUCUGCAUGUUCGUGUGCUGCCAGUUCUGGUGCGGUACCAUGUUCAACGUCAAGAUUGUCGGCACCGCCAACGCCAUCGCCGCCGGCUGGGGCAACAUGGGUGGCGGCGCUUGCCACUUCAUCAUGCCGCUCAUUUACCAGGGCAUCAAGGACGGCGGCGUUCCCGGCUACCAGGCCUGGCGUUGGGCUUUCUUCGUCCCCGGUGGCAUCUACAUCCUCACCGCCACCCUGACCCUGCUCCUGGGCAUUGACCACCCCAGCGGCAAGGAUUACCGCGACCUGAAGAAGGAGGGAACGCUCAAGGCCAAGGGCGCCAUGUGGCCAGUCGUCAAGUGCGGCCUCGGCAACUACAGGUCUUGGAUUCUGGCCCUGACCUACGGCUACUCCUUCGGCGUCGAGCUGACAGUUGACAACGUCAUUGUGGAGUACCUCUUUGACCAGUUUGGCCUCAACCUUGCGGUGGCGGGCGCCCUCGGCGCCAUCUUCGGCCUCAUGAACCUCUUCACUCGUGCUACUGGCGGCAUGAUCUCUGAUUUGGUUGCCAAGCCGUUCGGCAUGCGCGGCCGCAUCUGGGCCCUCUGGAUCAUCCAGACCCUGGGGGGCAUCUUCUGCAUCGUUCUGGGCAAGGUCAGCAACUCUCUGUCGUCCACCAUCGUCAUCAUGAUCGUCUUCUCCAUCUUCUGCCAGCAAGCAUGCGGCCUGCACUUCGGCAUCACGCCCUUUGUGUCGCGCCGCGCCUACGGUGUCGUGUCUGGUCUGGUGGGUGCCGGCGGCAACACCGGCGCCGCCAUCACGCAAGCCAUCUGGUUCGCUGGCACCGCGCCGUGGCAACUGACCCUGAGCAAGGCCGACGGGUUUGUCUACAUGGGUAUCAUGACCAUCGGCCUCACGCUGCCGCUGUUCUUCAUCUGGUUCCCCAUGUGGGGCUCCAUGCUGACUGGGCCGCGCGAGGGCGCCGAGGAGGAGGACUACUACAUGCGCGAGUGGAGUGCGGAGGAGGUGGCGUCGGGCCUGCACCAGGGCUCGAUGCGCUUCGCCAUGGAGUCCAAGUCGCAGCGCGGCACUCGGGACAAGCGCGCCGCCGGCGCCCCGCUCGAGUCCCACAGCAACUCCGACUCGGAGCCCGCUGCUGCCAAGCCCGUGGUGGUCUAAUAAGAUGCGUGCUAGCUCAGAGCCUAGGUGCUACGGGCUGCAGCGACUAGCAAGCUCUGCAUAUGGGCAGGGCUCAUACUAAAUAAGUUAGGGAAAAGUUGGGAGGUACCCGUGCAUGGGUGUGUUGAAUGCCGGGCACACGGUGUAUGUGUUUGGCCGGACCGCUGGCAUGGAGCAGGCGGCGGCGUUAUACAGUGCCCUCCACGGGUGUGACAUGCCCCAACGGUAUUAGGGCCAUCCGUGGCUCUCGCCAACUAGCUUAAGAGCUAGCGAGGCGCCCGCAUGAGCCUGCCCGACUUCCGCAUGAGCCAGACGGCGUUAUACAUAUGUGCCUUUUAUAGCUGCAACCGCAUGGUGUCGAGCGAAGGCUCACAUCUGCGUAGUGUGGCAUGUGUGGAGACUGGGGAGGCCGGGCAUCAUAUGGCUCUUGCUUGCGCUUGCCGCCGUGCUUGUUGUGUGACAGGGCAGCCGCUUCCGGACCCCUUAGCCAGGUAGCUGUGGCACUGAAGUGAUCGUGGCAUCCACGUUGAUCUCAGUUGGCGCCGCCAGGGUCGGCGUGUGAAGCUUCUUGACUUUUGACACAAAAGCAGCGGACGGACAGUGAUGUGUGUUGCGCUGGGUUGGUGUGACAUUGACACAUGCACGGCAUAGACCAUUGACGGAGUGCGAAUCGAGCUGAGAAUUAUUUAUGAGUCGGGAGUCUGAGCACUUUGUGCUACGAAGUGUAUUUUGAGUGCAGUGUGGCAGGAGUGCUUCGGCAUCCGCGCGGGGCCAGAGGGUUUGAAUUAGAUGGGGUAGGAGUAUAGGAUGAAGAUAGAUGUUCAGGUGUGCGGUGAUUAAGGAGAGCGUUAUUGCAGAUGACACUGUGCGGCUGAAGCACAGAGUCAAUGUAUUUUACAACUGCUUUUGUACUAAGCUGAGUGUGGGAGUAGCCAACGCAAUGUGUGUAGUUGAUGCUGCUUCCGUGCCAAAAGGAUAUGAGCGCGGAUGGUGAGAUGCGUGUGUGCAUGAGCAGCCAAUCACAGCCUGCUGCAGGGGCCGCGCGCGUACAUCCCACGGGUCGGGACAGCGAUCCCAGGACACCGCGGACUGUAAAUAUCGAAGAAACA